UUGUAUAGUUGAAGACGAAAGUUUUGAUUUCACUGAUUGCUUUGCAGCUUUGGAGGUGCACAGAAUCGUUUCAACUCUUACACGAUGCCAGCCAAAGGCAAAAAUUCUGACCUGACUGCAAAUGGUAGCAGCCAAUCUGAUAAGGAUUCGCCAGUAUCUUCACAAAAAGAAAUUACUAGAACAUCGUCAGAUUCGAAGUCUCCAAUCGAUUCCAAAAUCUCUUCGUACUUUUCUACUUCCCCAAGCUACAAACAAAGUUCAGCAGCACAAACGUUUAGUGAUUCACAACAAUCACAGAGUAACUUAUCCCCGGGUUCAUCUAAAGAUUGUACCGAUGCAGACGUUGACCAAUCACAGACAACAAAUCAGAAAGAAAAGAAUGUUGAAAAAUCUCCAGAACAUGUCAAGCAGAAAAGUGCAUCCCGUCAACUGCUGCUCAGCCCAAAACAAGACUCGAAUUCAGGGAAGAAGAAGAAAACUACAAAAUCAAAGGCCAAAAGCAACAAAAAGGAAGAAACAUCAAACCAACCUUCCAUCACAAAGCAUUUUGUUGUGAGAAGGAGUCAAAGAAAAUGCAAGUCUAAAAUUGAGGAAGAGAAAAGAAUGAGCAUUGAAAGUGCAAUUUUAGAAGGAAGAGAAGAAGGCUUAGAGGUCAGAGAUGUUGAUGGGAAAGGGAGAGGAGUGUUUGCUUUAAAGACUUUUGAACGGGGUGAUUUAGUGUGCGAAUAUGCUGGUGAUCUAAUAGACGUAAACACUGCCAGAGAAAGAGAAAAGAAAUAUGGAGAAAAUAAAGACAUUGGCUGUUAUAUGUACUACUUUGCAUUUGGAAACAAGAAAUAUUGUGUGGAUGCAACAGAGGAGUCAGGGCGAUUAGGAAGAUUACUCAAUCAUAGUGUCAAUGGCAACUGUACAACUAAGGUAAUAUCCAUCAAAGAAGAUCCUUGUCUUAUUCUAAUUGCUGCAAAACACAUCAACCCUGGGGAAGAACUCUUGUAUGACUAUGGUGAAAGAAACAAGGAUGCCAUUGCCUCUCAUCCAUGGCUGCAGUUAUGAGGACAUCACAUGAUGGCCAAGGCAGUGUAACUAAUAUAUAAUAGAAGUCAGUACUUUAAAGUACCUGAACAUGAAAUGAUGAGUGCCACUUGUUUCUUUAUUUUUUAUUUAUUGUAUUACACAUUGUAAGUGGUACUCUCAUUCAAAUUAUUCAAAUUUAUAUCAGACUGCCAUGUACAUGAACAGUGCAUCAUUGGAACUUGUAAAUAUGAUUUUAAACCAAUUCAUCAAGAAUUUAUAUAUUCAUAUACAAAAUGAAAAUCUCAUCUUCUCUUGUCCCAAAAUUGUUAUCAAGUGGAUAUUCUAAUCUGUAUGAAACUGGUAUUUGCAGUGGAAUUAAACAUUCAUGUGGACAGUU